AAGCUCAACAGCCUCUAGAAGUAUCUACAAGCUAUUCAUUUGUCAUCUCAGUGGAAAAGCCAGGAUGUGCCUAUUGUGGCCUCUUGUUUUGAGGCAUGCUGUCUUCUUUUUCUUGUGCCUGGUCUCUUGUAAUGGCAGGCCAUCCUAUUACAUUUCGAUACCUGCCAGUACAAUCCAAGGUGCUAAUACUUCCAUGGCUGUUCAUUGGUUUGGAGAAAUGUACUCUGAAAUUACUGUAACUGCAGAGAUUUACCAUAAUGGGAACCCUAUAGUAAGUGCAAGCAAAGUAUUCCAAAAUGACUCAAUUGGAAUCCUGACUCUCCCAGCAAUCCCACAAAAUGUUUCAUCUAAUUUCUACACGCUGGUUGUGAAUGGAUCAGCCCAAAACACAAGGCUCUUCUCGGACACAACAUACAUUGUUGUUGGGAUGAAGAAUAUAUCUGUGCUGAUUCAAACUGACAAACCUCUGUACAAGGCUGGAGAACAUGUCAAAAUCAGAAUAAUCACUGUAAAGCCCGAUAGGAAGCCACAUAAAGGAAAUGUGGACCUUGUGAUUAGGGAUCCUAGGUUUAACAUUGUGCGACAGAGCCUGGGCAUGGAGUCAGACCUAGGGGUUGUAUCAACGGAGUUUACACUGUCUAAGAACCCCAUUCUGGGUUCUUGGUCCAUACAAGCAACAUGUGAUGGUGCUGUGACAAAUGUGCCCUUUUCUGUUAUUGACUAUGUUGAACCAAAAUUUGAUGUAACCCUGGAUGUCCCAUCUUUCUACAUUGUUCCAAGGCAACUCAACCUAAGUGGUACUGUGACAGCAAAGUACUUUCAUAGCACACCUGUAAAUGGCAGUGUAAAAGUAUCUGUGAAGGCAUAUAGAGGUGAAAUUUUUGUUAAGGGAAAUGACAACAUUUAUGAGAUCUCGGGGUCUGCAAACUUCAGUAUUGCAUAUAAAGAAUUUCAAAAUGUAUGGGGACCUGUGACUCUAGAAGCCUCAGUAACUGAAAAUUUAACAGGUGUUGUUGUCAGUGUACUGGCCGAUGUACCAACAGUGUAUCAGGAAUACCAACUCAUACUUCUUGGCCAGCCACAAUUUAUACCAGGGGAAAAUUUCACUUUCAAGGUUGAGAUACAAAGGUUUGACAAUAAGAACUUAACUAAGGAGGAAAAGAGUAAAGUGGUUUCUGUAAAAAUAAUGCAGUUUACAGGAGACUAUGUAACUCAGAAUGACACACUGCAAAAUUACACUAAUCUAGAAUCUGCCAUUAUUGCCAUACAAAUUCCUAUUCUUCAGUCAACCCAAUUCUUACAAGCUGAGGUUUAUUACCAGAACAGCAGUCAAUCAUUCUACUUUUCCAAGUCAUCUGGGCUGAAUGCUUUUAUCAAUCUGCAAAUAUCAGAAACAGUUUUAAAGGUUGGAACACCAUUUAAUGUACAAGUUGAAACCUUCCCUAAAGUACAGGAUAUUUAUUACGUGGUCAUGGCCCGAGGAAUGAUUGUGUCUGCAGGAAAGAACAAAACAGCAUUUAGUCUCACUCCUGACCUUUCCUGGAUUCCCGCUGCACAGCUAUUGGUGUAUUAUCUAAAUAUUAAUGGUAGCUUUGGUUAUGAUAUCCAAACCAUCUCUCAAGUGUUUUCUGUCAACCCCACAUUAGAGAACAAGGUGACCUUAUCAUGGAGUAAAAACAGAGCAGAACCAUUAGAAAAUGUGUCCUUAUCUAUCACUGUGAAAGAGUCACGGUCUUUGGUGGCUUUGAAAGUGGUUGAGAAAAGUUCCAUGCUUCUGGGAAAUAGAGAUGACAUAAAUGCAAGCACAGUAGAAGACAUACUACGUGCAAAGUAUAUGAGUUAUCUAUCUUCUCUGAGUGAUGCCAAUUUCAAUUUCAAUCGAUAUGAGAGGGCAUCUGAGAGUGAUGGUUCUUUUCUCCCACCAACCAGCAAACCCAUUUUUCCAGAAACCUGGAUUUGGCUAGACACCAAUAUAAGUUCAUCAUUAACAACUAAACUUCAAGUAUCUGUUCCAAACAAAAACACUACUUGGGUGGCCACUGCAUUUGUUAUUUCUGAGACCCUUGGACUUGGAGUAAUGGAUACACCUAUUGAGAUAUCUGUAAUCAAGCCUUUGAUAACUACGCUCCACAUGCCAUCUACGUUAACAAGAGGUGAACAGUGUAUUCUAGAAGUCAUUUUGUUCAACUCUUUGAAAGAAAACUUACAGGUUCUUGUAACGUUGGAAUCAAGCAAUUCAUUUGAUAUAAUGGUACCUAAUAACAAUACAAGUACUGUACCAGGCCAGUAUAAUGUUACAGUUCCUGGUGAAGCUGGAAAAAUUGUUCUGUUUCCAAUAAACCCCAAAAAACUGGGCAACACUACAGUCAAAGUGACAGUGACAUCAAAAGCAGGUUCUGAAGUGUUAACCAACACAAUUCUAGUUAAGGCUGAAGGCGUGAAAUACCUCUAUUCACAAUCUGCCCUCUUUGACCUUACUGGAAACACAAGUCAGACUGUAUCCAAGAACUUCUCAUUUACAUUCCCUAGUGACGUUAUAUCAGACACUAUAGAAGGGUUUGUCACAGUUGUUGGAGAUCUUCUUGCACCUUCAAUAAAUGGUCUUGAAUCACUUAUUCAGAUGCCAUAUGGCUGUGGAGAGCAAAACAUGAUCAACUUUGCACCAAACAUCUAUGUUCUUUUGUAUUUAAUCGCAACUCAGCAUAUUAAAUCAGAUGUUAGAGAAAGAGCCAUAGACUUUAUGACGCAAGGCUAUCAAAGGGAACUGAGUUAUAAGCGAAAUGAUGGUUCAUUUAGUGCAUUUGGAAACUCUGAUCCUUCGGGAAGUACCUGGCUUACAGCGUUUGUAUUUAGAUGCUUUCUACAAGCUCGGCCCUUCAUAUACAUAAAUGAAGAUGUUUUGAAUGGAACAGUAGAAUGGUUGGUACAGUAUCAAGAUAUUAACACUGGCAUAUUUUCUGAACCUGGACGUGUCAUUCAUCAAGAGCUACAAGGUGGACUGAAUGGUCCCAUCACCCUUACAGCCUAUAUAGUCACCUCACUGCUAGAAGAUGAAUUCUACAGACAUCAAUAUCAGUCCAGAAUUCAGAAGGCUGUGCAAUACCUUGAAAGCAAAUACAGUGAAGGGAUAACUAGUAAUUACACUCUGUCAAUUGUGGUCUAUGCUCUAUCACUGGCCAACAGCAGCAAAGCAGAAGCCGCCUUGAAUGAGCUCAGUUCCAGAGCAAGCAUUACAGGAAGUACAAAGUACUGGUCUACAUCAUCUCAACAAACAAACAAUUACUGGCAGCCAAGAACGACCGAUAUUGAGACAGCAGCAUAUGCCCUGCUUUCCUACUACAAGCAGGGUAGAAUCCUUGAUGGUAUUCUUGUCAUGAAAUGGCUGAGUGAACAAAGGAAUCAUCUUGGAGGAUAUUCAUCCACUCAGGAUACAGUGAUGGCGCUGCAGGCUUUGUCGCUGUUCGUGCCAGUGGUGAACUUUAAGGAAGGUGCAACAUCUCUUACACUGACAGUGACUGGAUCAGGAUCAUUUGUACCAAAAACAUUUCAGGUCGACAGCACCAGAAAUCUAUUAGUGUUACAAAGACAGCAGAUUGAAGUUCCUCAACCCCUUUUAAUUAACGUUACUGCAGUAGGAAGAGGAUUAGCUAUUUUUCAGCUUAAUUUAGCAUAUAAUAGGAAGACAUCUACUAGAGCUAAGAGAAACUCCCCUGCACAACAAGCUUUCCAGUUAGAUGUGACGGUGACGGAAGACAAAAGUAACAUUCAAAAACUUUCUGUGGACGUAUGUACCCGCUACCAAGGGACAUACAAUAGGAGUGGUAUGGUAAUUCUAGACGUGGGAUUCCUCAGUGGCUUCAAGUUAAGCCCUACAGGUAUUCCCACAACUGAUAUUCUCAAAUUGGUGGAACCACAAGAUGAUAAAGUUUAUUUGUACUUGGAUUCGGUUUCCACUGAUAAGGUUUGUAUAUCUGUACCACUGGUCCGUUUUACAAGUGUUGCAAGUUCUCAAGAUGCUGUAGUUACUAUAUAUGAAUAUUAUAAUCCCAGAAACACAGCAACACAGACAUAUAAUUCUCUGACAAUGAAAAACUUAUCAUAUUGUGACUUCUGCGGAUCCAACUGCAAUCAGUGUAAAUCAAACGUGCCACCGCCAGUGAAACCUAAGCCCAAUAGUUCUACCAAACCUACAUUCUACAUGCUGUAUCUCUGCGUCAUUCUUAUUUCUUACCUAGUGUAAUACAUUAUCACAUAGCCAUAUCAAAACUACUAAACUCUUAAAAUUUUGAUGAAUAUCUGCUAAUAUAUUUAUUCUACAUCUCAUUUUAUGAAAAUAUAUAUGUAUCCAUUAAUAUAAUUCUUUAAUAUGAUAAUAUGAUUCUUUGUUUUGUGAUCCAUUCAAUAAAGAAUUUUGUAUUUCUA